GCUGUACGCUCACGACCUUUUGUGCAGGAAUAUCAAUGGUUAUAUGGCCUUUGCCAAUCCGAGAUCCUACAAUCGCUUGCCCACACCGUUCGAUUUCGCUUGACCUCACCAAGAAUACAGGACCUUGAACCGUAAUACCUUCCCCAUCAUGUCGAGCAACAACCCUUACGCGAACCCCGGUGAUAACCAGCCUUAUGAUCCUUAUAUCCCCGCUGGAGGUUCUGCUCCAGGAGGUAGCGGAUCCGGACCUGCGGGUGGGGUCGCUAGACAGGGAGAUCAGAGGACCGCAGCGCUUCAAGCCGAGAUCGACUCGACCGUCGGGAUCAUGAGGGAUAACAUCAACAAGGUGACCGAGCGAGGAGCCAACUUGGACACUCUACGUGACAAGAGCGACGACCUCGCCGUUUCUGCACAAGGAUUCCGACGAGGUGCCAACAGGGUCAGGAAGCAGAUGUGGUGGAAGGACAUGAAGUGGAGGAUCAUCGUCGGGGUCGGUAUCGUGAUCUUGAUCAUCGUCAUCGUCGUACCGAUCGUCAAAGCCGUUCAAGGCAAGUAAACGAACCCUUCCACGUUUCCUAUCUUCUUCCUUUCCUCUUUCGCCUCCUUUCAACUAGCGUACCCACCUCUUCAAGCCGGUACGGUGGGCCACUCCAGUUCCAUCUAGUCUUGUUCACUGGCCGCAGGAUGAUCUGUUUGGUCGGAUGUUUUCUCUUUGUUGUACUUGAUGGAUGGGAAUGUUGCCUCGCGAGCUUGCUCUAUUGGCUGAAUGCCCAAGCUCAGAAUUCUGCAAACAGCGCCCUCGUCUGGCCUAGUCUACGACGAUACAAAGAAUUGUAGAUAGUGGGCUUGGUUGUGCAGGGAUGGUUUUCAAGUAGUUGGGCUUGUCAGGGUUCUUCUGCCGAUCCUCGGCUCACUUCGUCAACAAACCGAUCUCCGAGCGAGACCAUAUCGUCAUAAUCGAUCAGAG